CUGAAGGCAAAACGUGCUCGGUGAUGGAGAGAGAGCGGUGGAUGGCAGUGGCGAUGCUCUUCGGUUUGAUCUGCGACGUUUAUCUCGUCACAGUUUCAGCAGAUGUAGGCACAGCUACGUCAUACGAUCCUCCAUAUCUUCCGACGAAAUGCCCGGGCUACACCGAGGAUCAACUGCCGGAGAAUGGGCUUUUCGUGGCAGCAGGCAAUGGCAUGUGGGACAACGGCGCUGCCUGCGGCAGAAAGUACCAGCUCCGGUGCCUCAGCGGCCUCAGGCGGCCAUGCAAGGACGGCUCCAUCGUCGUCCAAGUGGUGGAUUUCUGCAGAGUCAGCCCGUGUCCUUCGACCCUCGUCUUGUCGAACAGAGCCUUCGACGCUGUUUCCAAGAUUCCAAACACAAAAAUCAAUGUCGAAUACGCACAAAUAUGAUCUGGUGGUCAACGUAAGCAGUUCGGCGAAGCAGCAGCAGAAUGCAUGGCAGAAACGUAGAAGGAAGCAUUGUCGAACACAGCUCUAUCUAAACUUAACGAAAGUACCAUAAGAUUAUUUUGACAUUAAUGAUAACGAAUAUAAAUAAUCUAAGAUGGUUGCAGCAAUAAUUAUAUACAACACUGUGCAAAAUGAUCCAUCAGAGCAGAUCAAUUGUUAAUCGAACGGCGGAUGUUGCAUCCGGAUACGUAGCGUUCCCGUUCCCGUUCCCGCCCAUCUCACGAAAAGUUCCUCCGUCGUUUGGACGGCUAAGAUGAGCCGACUUACGCGCCUCCUGAUGGCCGUUGAGUUCGGCCGCUUCCUGCGAUGAAUCGGACGUCUUCCUCUCGCUGCUUCGAACGCGAACCCUAAUAUGUCGAUCCAAGGUAGGAGCAGAUAGGUUCUUCCUCGAGGCGACAACUCGAAAUCGAUUUCCGUUCGCGUUUUGAGGUGGAAAUCGAUGUGGCGUGAUAUUUGGAGGAAUCGGAAAGGAAUGAUCGCAUUUCUUUCCCUCUCUUUGCAGAGGAAUUAGGGUUCCAACUGAAAUGCUGGUUGGUCACCAGUCAUGGAUGGGAACACGGACGCGGCUUUGAAGUGUCUUAGGAUGGGAAUGGAAGCCCUAGGUACAGGGGACCGGUCGCGUGCCCUCAAACUCCUCUCCGAGGCCUGCCGUCUCGACCCCUCUUUCCCACUCGAUGAUCUCCUUUCCGCUACCGGUGGAAUAGAAUCUUCAAGAUCCUACACAGAGGAGCAGGUGGCAAUCGUUCAUCAGAUUAGGGAACAGAGAGAUUACCACGAGAUCCUGGGUUUCGAGCACGAUUGGGGAUGUUCGCAGAGCAUACCGGAAACUGUCGUUGAAGGUAAGGAGGCCUUCAAAGGUACGAUCUUUGUGGAUCUGAAGAGCCUGCUCUUGGUACGGCCUCAUCACGGCAUGGCUUUGAUGAUGAUGAUGAUGAUGAUGAUGAUGAUUUCGACGCCGGUGAGAUGCUUAGGAGCUGAACCAUUCUUUCUCGUUCGCAUCCUUACGAGCACAAAGUGGUGACUCGCAAACAAAGUGAUGACAUGCUUCGCAAGUACGAAGAAAGAGUUGGCUGAUAUUAUCUGACAGAGGUUCGUUUUCCUUUGUGCAUUUUAAGGUUGAUUUGUAUUCUCAGUCAGUAAUGUAGUCUCUUUUUGUCUGUUUGGCCUGCAAACAAAAUGCAAGUUGGU